AGUUGUGGAUCCUUCUUAACACUGAUACGAUAAAUUAUGGAUUUUAAAGUCUUUGAAGAAGAUUAAAGUACGGCCUCAUCUUUAAGCUUUGGUUUGCCGUUUAUCGGCGUCCCGAUUCAGUUGACAUAAAACCACUAACCAAAGCAGACGGACUAAAACAGAAACAAAAUAAAAAUAAUGAUAAAACUCGGCUUUUGUUGCCUUAUCAUUGGCAUGUUGACUGUGUUUCCGCUACGCGUUGCAUCUGUGGGUCGUUACAAUAUCAGUUUUGCGCAGUUGGACCAGUGCCAAACCUAUUUUAUCACUGCCACGUCAUAUGCGUACAAUGAUUUCUUCAAGGUCAACAAGCUCAAUAACAACAAUGUCACGGACAAUACUCGGCUCCAUUUGAAGUUUUAUGUCAUAGCCAAUAUGGAUGCACAUAUUCUGCUUACCGUAAUAGAUCGACCACGCCCCAACGAUGCAGUCUACGAAGUCGUCAUUGGCGCUGGUGGAAAUACAUUCUCAGCCAUUCGCACCAUGAUUGGAAGUCACAGAGUCUCGACUAAUCAGGAUCACCAUUUGUUAUCGCAUUACGAGCCGACACCAAUAGAAAUUGUUCAAACAAAGGAUGGCGAUUUAUCAGUAUAUAUUCCGGGUUUCAAAGAAGAGCCAUUGCUGCGGUACCAUGAUGAUGCCGCCUUGCAAAUCAACUAUAUAAGUUUCAGUAGCUUUGGGACGAACAGUGCACGGUGGUUUUACGACUGCCCAUUUGAUAACUCAGGAACCAACAGCAUAGAUCAGGAGGAGCGUGCGAAAACAAAGGCAGAAGAGUUGUUGGAUCUAUUGAUAAUCAACGGUCAGAAUAGCACUUUGCCUGCCAAUCUCAGUUCCAUAAAAUUUCAUUUCCAAAUGCGUUCUCUGGCCUUUGAUCAGCCGAGUGCUCUAUUAACAACUCGUAUGCAACUUUUGAUGCAUUGGCGUGAUGAACGUUUGAUAUGGAAGCCAGAAGAGUUUGGCAAUCUAACAUCGUUUGAACAUCCCGAUCUCCAGAUCUGGGCCCCACAAUUGGCAGUUUUAAAUGGAGCCUUGGAUUCUCUGGGUGGUGUCCUUAAAGGGUAUGAAUUGAGAAUCUAUGCCAAUGGAAAUAUCACUCUGCUGGCCACUAAUCUGGAGAUAACCUCUUGGUGCGUGGAUACUGCUCGUAAUUGGCCAAAUGAACGUGUCAUGUGUGAUAUUGAACUCGGUGUCAUGGAGGUGGAAGAUCGUUCGACUAUAUCAUUAGUCUACGAUCAACAGCAGCGUCCACUGUCCCCCAAUGAACAUGUGAAUACUCCAUCAGCCUGGACUUUUGUGGAAAUCGCCGUAGUUCAUGUGGCAAAUGAUUCAUCUAGACGUUAUACCCCCAAAUAUAUGCUGCAAUCGAUGAAUGGUGAUGUGGCCAUACAAUUCACCAUGCAACGGAAUAGUAGUUUCUACAAAUUGGUUUUUGCCGUCCCAUUGAUUGGUUGUCAAAUCUUUAUAGUUCUAGCAUUUCUUAUACGUUCAAAUCGACGGGGUGCCUUGUUACUUAUAGUUUUUCUAAUCACCGCCUGGGGUCUAAUGCUACUCACCCGUCAUGCCUCGACCCACUAUGUUCCUCCAUUGAUGGCGGCCUAUCAGGAUAUUAUGCUCAUUACUGUUUAUUGUUAUCUAUUGCACAUUGCCAUUAUAUGGCUGGUCUUUUAUCCCCCACGAGCCAAGGCUCCAUCCUGGUUGCUAAGUAUCCUGAAUUCGAAUCCGUUGCGCUUUAUUCUGGGUCUUCGUUUCAUGGAUUCUACGGAUUACUGUGAUGUCCUGGAGAAACCAUGGCGUCAUUUGGCCAAAUUACUCAACAAUUUAAGUUUCAUCGUUGUUAGCAUUCUGCUGAUUGUCAUUAAUGUAAUAGGAAAAAUUUGAAAAAAUGAAAGUUUUUCCUUUUAUUUGCAAUAGAAAUUAGAAUUGUUGUGAACUUAAAUAAAUAUCAAGUGCGGUGAAGAGUGAAAGAAGAA